CCAGUUUUCGGGUCCCCCCCCAUCGUGUGAUGUGGGGCAGCUGAUGAAGGUGUUGGGGGACCCCAUGACGGAGCAGCCCUACCCCACAGCGCUCAGCUCCUUCCACGUCCCUAUAAAGCAUCACCCCAUAACCCACAUCGACGUCAUCGGGGCCGGGAGCCGGGCCCUAGAGGAGGCGGAUAAGGAGAUGGGUCUCGCGUUUGACCCCUGGGACGUUCAAUUUUACACCCAACUUUUCCGUCGCGCCGGGAGGAACCCGACCAACGUGGAGUGUUUCGACAUCGCACAGUCCAACAGUGAGCACAGCCGCCAUUGGUUCUUUAAGGGCCGCCUGGAGGUGGAUGGGCGCUGGGAGCCCCGGUCCCUAUUUGAGUCCAUCAUGGCGACACAAGGACGGAGCAACGACAACAACGUCAUCAAGUUCUGCGACAACAGCAGCGCCAUCCGUGGGGCCCCUGUUCUGUCCCUGUUACCGAUGGAUCCCGGCCGUCCCAGCAUGUUCCACCUGCAGCGCAGCACCCGGCACAUCCUGUUCACGGCCGAGACACACAACUUCCCCACCGGUAAUUCAUUAAUUAACCCUAAUUAAUGGAAACCCUAAUUAAAACCCUAUUAACGACCCUA